AUGUUAAAUGGUGGGUUUGAAGUUGAUGUAAUGCAGCCCAACGGGCAAAUGAUCGAAAACCGGUGUGCGAAUUUGGAGAGAAGUGAGCUCUCUCAAUGGGUAGAGCAUGUCACUAAGCAGCUUAUUGAAGACUUGCCCGAGGAUGAAACUGAUGAAGUGGUUUGUGAUCAUGGUGGUGCCUCGACUCUGUUGAGGGAAUUGGGGUCGAAAAGUAUUGGAAGAAAAAACUCCGGCGUAUAUGAUGAUGAACUUGGAGGUGAAAGUGCUUUGAUCAGAAGUGAGACUAAAACAGAUGAGCAAGGCUUAAACUUGCUUACUCUUUUACUAGAGUGUGCAGUUGCUAUAUCGGUUGAUAAUCUCGGUGAAGCUCAACGAAUGGUGCUGGAGCUGACUCAAACGGCGUCUCCGUACUCCCCUUCUUGUGCAGAAAGAGUCGUGGCUUAUUUUGCCAAAGCCAUGGCUAGCAGGGUUAUCAACUCAUGGAUAGGGGUGUGCUCCCCUUUGAUCGACUACAAAAGCGUGCAUAAGUCGUUCCAGAUCUUCAACAACGUCUCGCCAUUCAUUAAAUUCGCGCACUUCACCUCCAACCAAGCAAUCUUGGAGGCAUUCCAUCGACAGGAUAAAGUCCAUAUAAUUGAUCUCGACAUCAUGCAAGGUUUGCAAUGGCCGGCUCUAUUUCACAUACUAGCAACUCGCAUUGAGGGUCCGCCUCAAGUUAGGAUGACAGGAAUGGGGAGUUCAAUGGAGCUCUUAGUGGAGACUGGAAAGCAAUUGUCUAAUUUCGCCAAGCGCCUUGGGAUGUACUUUGAGUUCCAUCCCGUGGCCAAAAAGUUUGCCUUGUAG